GAGAGCUUUCCUGACCAACUUCCAGAGCAGCAGCAGGAGACACAGUGGUGAAGUUUGAGGGGUAAAAAACUGAGUUGAGACAGUCGAGAAGCUAAACCAAACAUAAAACCGACACAGGUCAAAGCCAGCCAGCCACUAUGGACGAUUUAGAUGCGUUGCUGGCGGACCUGGAAUCUACUACGUCCCACAUCUCAAAGCGACCUGUGUUCUUGUCUGACGAGACCCCCUACUCCAUCCCCACUGGAGGACACACAUACCAGGAUGUGUCAGUCCCACCUCCAGUCCCUCCUCCGCCCUCAGCUGAGGCUCUGAACGGGUCCCUGAUAGAUCAGCUGGACUCCCACCACUCCUCUCAGCAGUCGUUAGGUUCAGCCCAGAAGAGCUCAUGGUCCGGGGACAGUAGCAGCUCCCCGUUGUCUCACGUUGAAGAGGACCACGUCUACAGUUUUCCAAACAAACCGAAGUCAUCAGACUCGUCAACGGCUGCCAUGACCUCAGCCCUGGGCAGUAACCUCUCAGAGCUCGACAGGCUGCUGCUGGAACUCAACGCAGUGCAACAGAGCUCCCCUUCAUUCCCUACUACAGAGGAGGCAGCUCCACCCUUACCAUCCUGCAGCAUCACCCACUACGAGAACGGCAGCGCCCCUGACAUCAUGGUUAGCCCUCCCCCUCAGGACAAACCCAAGCGGAAUGGAACGAGGCUGGACGAGGCCCGACCCACCGUGGAGAGUCUGCUGGACGAGCUGGAGGGCUCGGUGCCUUCACCCAGCCCCUCCACUCGCCACAGCGAUUUAGACACUCCCUCUCAGCAGCAAGCCAGAAUUUCAGCAUCCUGUGCCACAAGAGAGCUUGACGAGCUGAUGGCCUCUUUGUCUGACUUCAAGAUUAUGGCCCAAGGAAAGGGCGGCGUUCCCGGUGGGCCUCCAACUCAGGUCAACAAGCUGGACAACAUGCUUGGCAGCCUGCAGUCUGACCUUAACAAACUGGGGGUGCAGACGGUAGCGAAAGGAGUUUGCGGUGCCUGCUGUAAGCCAAUUGUGGGACAGGUGGUGACCGCCAUGGGCCGCACAUGGCACCCUGAACACUUUGUGUGCACACACUGUCAAGAGGAGAUCGGCUCCAGGAACUUCUUCGAGCGUGACGGACAGCCGUACUGUGAGACGGAUUACCACAACCUGUUCUCCCCACGGUGCUACUACUGCAACGGGCCCAUACUGGACAAAGUAGUGACGGCGCUGGAAAGGACGUGGCAUCCUGAGCACUUCUUCUGCGCUCAGUGUGGAUCCUUCUUUGGCCCAGAGGGUUUUCAUGAAAAGGAUGGAAAAGCGUAUUGCAGGAAGGAUUACUUUGACAUGUUUGCACCAAAAUGUGGCGGCUGUGCCAGAGCCAUUUUGGAGAACUACAUCUCUGCACUGAACAGCCUUUGGCAUCCUGAGUGUUUUGUUUGCAGGGAGUGCUUCACCCCGUUUGUGAAUGGGAGUUUCUUUGAGCACGACGGCCAGCCCUACUGUGAAGUGCACUACCACGAGCGCCGCGGCUCCCUCUGCUCCGGCUGUCAGAAGCCCAUCACGGGACGCUGUAUCACCGCCAUGUCCAAGAAGUUCCACCCGGAGCACUUUGUCUGCGCCUUCUGCCUGAAACAGCUCAACAAAGGCACCUUCAAAGAACAAAACGACAAACCUUACUGCCAUGGCUGCUUCAUCAAGCUGUUCAGUUAGGGAGCAUUUAACACUACUACGUAUGGGUCAAGUGUCUAAAGCGUCUUCACCACGGGUAGGGUGGGAAUGGGAUUAAUUGUGUUUGUGUCAAAGAAGGUUGUCUGUAUUCUGAUGGUGACAUUGGAAAGUGUGUAUGGAUUAGGUAUGUGCAUGUGGUCGAAGCCGCAUACAGCCAGACUGAAAUAUUUUCAAGUUGUCGUUCAGAAAUUCUAAAAAACGUCCCCGUGACAGCUAUGCAUUUUUGAAGCUCUUCUAGGUUUUGAGUGGGUCAAUAGGUGCAAGUGUGACAAAGAUAUGGUGAACUGUCGAAGGACAAUGAAAAUCUUGAGUUGACGACAUUUAAAGGUGAUGUUACAAGAGUGUUUUUUUUAAUCCCCUGAGCUGCCCUUCUUGUGUUUUCAAGUCCUUUUAUUUUGGUAGCUGAAAUCUUACUGAACACUGUAGAAAUCCAUGCAGUAGUCUGACAUUGUUGCUCACUGGUUGAGCGUCAUUUUCAGAAACUGUAAAAACUCUGAAAACAAUAGCAGGAGGGAGCAGGUGAAUUGUUUUUUUAAUAUUGCAGUAUAAACCAACAGAUAAGGGUAAAAGGCUUCAAGGUGCAUGGUAUAGAGUUAGACAGAGCCGAUGGAUAAACCCAUGAUAGGCUGUUCGCAAUUAUUUUGUAUGUGUGAAAUUGAUUGUAGUGUCUUUAGGCUUUUACAGACGCAAUCACUAAUUCAGCCUAAGAAAACCCCUGCAUAUAAAGAUUUUAAUGGAGAAAGUUGUUUUAUAAAUGAAGCAAGAAUGCAAUUAAUCAGUUUAAAACAGCUUCCAAAAUCAAAGAGUCUGAAUCACACCUUUUUUUUGUUGUUGUUGUUGUUGUUGCCAAAGGCAAACCGUGCAUGGAUGAACAUUUUUACUGUGAUAUUUCAAUGAAGAAAUUAAAUAUGGAGGCAUCCACCAGUAGCUGCAGUAUGUUUAAACACACCUCACUGUGCUGCCAAAUCAUUCCUUGACUUUUCACAGAAGAAAAGAGAAAACGGUUUCUUGCUAGUUGUCUCAGACGGUGAAGUGGAAUCACGCAAAGAUAUUGGGAGUGUACAGAGCAUCUCUUAGGAGUGCAUCCUUUUUUCUUUUUUUUUUUUUGUAAAUAUCCAAUGCAGCUACAUUGUGAGCAAAGCACUGUCACGUGUACAUGUGUUUUAACAACCACUUAUUCGAAGAGGGAGAGGGCUGGUGGGAGGGCAUAGCAGAGAUACUUUGGUAUUUUUGGUGCCAUUACUGUAUUGAAAAGCUGCUGAAUGUUCACGGUUUUGAAAGAAAAUAAAUCUGCCUGUGAUAUUCAACUAACUAUGCAACUUUGGAUUAACAACUUCUAAAGCAACAGGCUGUCUGUGCCAUUGUAUCAGUGCCACGUCUAAUAUCACUGGUAAAUUCAGCUAAAUACUGAUGACAGGUCAAUAGUUACGUGUUCAUAUAAUUAGACUGUGAGUCCGCUGAGAAAUGUAGGCUGUUACAAUGAGAGCCUGGUGGUCUGUUAGAAUAACUCGUAGGGCUAAGAUGACCUAUUUCCUUCAGCAUCUGGGUAGCGACCACCAGGUUGGGUCUGUAUGUGGUUAAUCAUGACAUGCAGCAGAUAUAUGUCAGGCCUUUUGUCUUGUUCAGGGAAUUCUAGAGCCUUAAAUCCUUUUUCACCCUAUUUAAGAUAUCAUGUAACGGCUUGUCUUUUCAAAUCAGUUUAGUAGAGUGUUAUUUAACCAAAGCCAUACCUUCUUUGAAUUGUUUUUCUUUUUGUGUGUUUGUGUGUCUGUUGACUCUUUUCUUUUCUUUUCACUUUGAAUGUCAAUAGAGUCAUGAUGAAUAGUGAGAUUCCUCACCUCGAGUCUGAUUACGCAAAUAAAUUCUGUUUUGGUUAUCAAA